AUUGGAUUAUUGGAUCAGGAGUUUGGGAGGCGCUGGACCCUUUUCCCUGGGCGACUUCUUGAGGCGCGGAUCGGCAAGGAUGGCAGACGCAUGACGACAGGGAGGGAGGCAUGCCAGACUGCCAGUGGGCAUGUAGAGCAGCAGUCAGGCAGUCAAUUCAUCGAGGAAGAAGAAGAAGAAGAAGAAGAAGAAGAAGAAGAAGAAGAAGAAGAAGAAGAAGAGAAGAAGAAUCUAGGCAACCGUCAAAGCAUCCACCGGAGCAGCAGUAGUCAGGUCGAAGCGCUCCGUAUUUUAUUAAGCCGAACGAACGGAUUCGAGGAUUGGAGAAGGAGAGGAGAGGAGAUGGAUGGAUGGAUCAUGGAUGCCUUUCACUUUCUCGCGUGCCAUCCUUCCCGACCGGGUCGUUACAGUACGGUAUUGUACUAGUACCACUUCCGUGUCAGCCACCAGCAUCAAUGCCGAUGCUGACAGUCUCUCAUCAUAUGCAGAAUAACUCCC